CGCUAAAGAAUAUGACAAUGGAGGAGCUGCUGAAUAUGUGGACCAGUGAGCUUACCAAACAGACCAAUGAAUUCCAUAAGAAGGCAGCUCAGGUGUCUGAAUGGGAUCGUCAAUUGAUUGUGAACGGUUCUGCGAUCAACGAAUUGUACGGAAGUGUUAAUCAGGUAGAGGUAUCGCUUUCCGAGAUCAACAAUACUAUGCACUUGGUUGACCGCCACCAGGAUGAAUUGAGCCGUGUAUUGGACGACUAUGAAAAACAACUCCAGAACGCAAUGGAAUCUGGCUUUAUUCAGCAGUCUCUUCUGCCCGCUGACCAGACCCGCGAGAAUGCGUAUGGUGUUGCAGAAAGCAUCAACAGCCAGUUAGACGAUGUGAACCGCAACCUUAAUGUGAUGAUUGACGAGAUUAACGAGAUGGGAGUUUCGAGCAAACCCGAGAGUGCUGACGACGAUAAGGAGGAUGGCAUUGGAAAGGUGGCCAAGAUCCUCAACUCUCAAUUGUCUUCGCUCCAAUGGAUCGAUAAAGCUUCGUCUGAACUUCAGACAAAAUUACAAGAGGCACAUAGAAUUCAAGAAAAGGUUAUCCAAAACCAGUCGUCUUUCCGCAGAGACUAACCAAGAAGAGAGUCAAUAAUCGCAACAACUAUCACCAAAACCAGAGCCAAAACCACCCAGAGUAACAACAAUGAAGAAGUGAAAUCUUGAAAACAAAAAAAAAACAAAACAAAACAAAAAAUUAUUGCCUUUUUUUUUCCCUUUCUUUCUUUGGUCCCUCAGCUAACCCACUAACUCGCUUAAAAGAAACGCAACAACAACAACAACAACAAAACGGAUUUUCACUCCUACCUACCUACCUAUCUACCUACCUACCUCUUCUCCUCCUCCUCCCCCUUUUAUUUUUUACUUUAUAUUUUAGCACAAACCCUUUUAGCAACCAACCAAAUUUUCCUUUUUAUUUUUCCUUAUUUUUUUUUUCACCCAAAUUUACCAUCCAAUCACCCAAUCUUGUUUCCAAACACAAAAAAACUCAAACACAUCAACCUUAACUCAAACGUCUUGACCAAA